GUGUGUAUUAAUCUUUGCUCUUGGAAUCAGUGUUGAAUAGGAAUCUUAGCAUUUUCUUAUUUGUUAAGUGGAUCCAUCAUAACUCUCAUUACCAUGAAUUAGGGAAAAGCAUUUUCAUCUUAACAAUAUAUUAUUCUUAAUUAUUUGUCUUUUUCUUUUUAAUUAUUAUUUCUGAUAACAAUUAAUAUAACUAACCCUGCAACUCUACAGAAAUCUGCAUGGCAAAAGUGUACUGUCACAGAGAUUGUUAAAGAGGUGAAAAUUUUUUAUAUCAAAAAAAUCAAUCAUAAAGAUAUAAAAAAAAUGGUAAAAAUAAAUAAAAAUAAGCAGAGCAUCACUUGUCUUUUAGCUCCCAAGUGUGUCCAUGUGCAGUUCUGUUCCCGUAUAGUUAAACACAAUCGUAGCUAAUCUGUUUCGGCCUUACUAGACCAGUAAGUUUUUUUUUUUAUUGGAACAUAACGAAUGUAUUGUAUACAACGUUUUUAAUCACCAUAAUACAAAGAGACUUUUAAGUGAUAUAAAGAGACUAAAACGUGUUAUGAGUACGUACAAUACGUCCGUUGCAUACACAAGAGUCAAUACCUUAAAAAAAAAAAAAAAGUUAAUACUCAAAGCAUGAUUUAAAACAGAGCUAAACCAAAAAACACCCAAAAAAACCAUUUACUUUCAGUCUCUUCUUUAUAAACUUGGAAAAACUACAUUCACCCACCAGUAAUCAACCCUUUUCUCCCCCCUCUCUUUCUCUCUCCUCAUUUCUUACUCUCUCUUCCUAAAAAACAAGAUCCUUUCAUUAUCUCAUUAUAGCACAAAAAUCCCAAAAAAUAAAGAAAAAAAAAUGGUGUCACCUGAAAGAAGUAGAUCAAUGGGAGAAACAACAACAACGACGACGACGACGAUGACGAGUCCGAGGAUCUCAUUUUCAGCAGAGUUUAUGGAUGAUGACAGCUUCAUCUCCAUAAGCCCAGGCUCGUCAUUAGAUAAAGAUGACCAAAUAGAAAUCGAAAGGGAAAUAGUUAAGAAUGCAGCAGCAGAGUUUGAGUUUUUAUCAGGUAAAAAUAGUUUAGAUGCAGGUCAUUCAACAAUGUUGACAGCAGAUGAACUUUUCUUUGAAGGGAAACUCCUGCCUUACUGGCAAAUCAACCAUGCAGCUGAGAAGCUCACUAGAAUCAACCUCAAAUCGUCCUCGCCCGACGAGGACGAUAACCCAACCAACACUACCACCAGAGAGUCCUCCGGGAAAAUGAAGCUAAAAAACAAUAACAUUACUACAACUUCCAGGGAUCAACAGGCGAAUUCGAGUGCUAUAAUGCUGGGGAGAGACCAGCAGGAGCCGAGGAUAUGGUUUGUAGACGAUGACCCAUCACCAAGGCCGCCAAAAUGUACUGUAUUGUGGAAAGAGUUGCUUAGGUUGAAGAAAACAAGGUCCUCUACUUUGUCCCCUUCGUCGUCUUCCUCUUCGUCGUCGUCGUCUUCGAGUUCAUUAGGAGAUGCUGCUGCAAUGGAGGAGAAAGAGAAGGAAAAGGAAAGUGGGUUAAGUACUAGAGAGAAGCAUAUUAAGAGGAUUAAAAAGGGAUUAGAAAGAACUAGAUCAGCAAGUAUGAGGAUUAGGCCAAUGGUUAAUGUACCUAUUUGCACUCAGAGUGGUAAGAGCAGCUCAUUGCCUCCUUUGUUUCCUCUCAAGAAAAACAAGAUUGAUAGGUAAAAAUUGGAAAUUUUUUUUAAUUUUUUUUUUAAUUUUUUAUUUUUGAUUUUUAUUUUUAAUUAUUUUUUUUAAUUUUUUGGGUUUUUGGGGUUUAGUUCUCAAUCAGCUUGUGAAUCUGUAGGAUUCUUGAUUGAUUAUGUUCAUGAACUUGUCUUAUUACUUUUUUUUUUUCAUUUUUUCCUGACCCCCCUUUAUCUCUAUUUCCACCCCCUUUUUCUCCCUUUUUUGGAGGUAUAUUAUUUUUUUUUCCACUUUUUUAUUGAUGUUAUUCAGAAAAUUUGGUUUUAGUGGAUCUGAUAUCAGAAGUGAGUGAAUCACUACCAUGUACAUGCCUGACAUUGUCUAUGUGUUGGAUGCUAUUCACAAUUAAUGUGUAUUAAUUACUAAUGUCAUUCAUUUACUGCAACUGCAUUUGAUGAGCUUGACCAGAAGUCUAGGGUCUAAAAGAAUAUUGGAAAUCUCAGAAUUUUUUUGAAUUUCUGUUCAGUCUCCUCACAAUAUUUGGAGGGGAAGUCAAAAGGUUACAGGAGACUGAAUCUUAAUCUUUGUUAUUCGCUUUAGAAAUGUUUAGUUGACCCUGAGA